CAUAAACAUCUUCUCCGAUCAAAUCAAUUCAAUCCUCCAAAUCCACAUACAUUUACAGAGUUCAAUUUUAUUAUGGCAACAACAUCACGAUCUCUAGAAGUGACAAUCAUUUCAGGAGAAAACCUGCGAGUCGAUCGGACUCGGCCUGUGAAGAAGAACGCCUUCGUCGUGGUCCGAACCGACUCGUCUCCGAUCUCUCAAUCGACGAACCUCGACAUCGAUGGCGGUAGCUACCCUACCUGGAACCAAACGCUCCUCGUCGACAUGCCGGUUCACGCCCGGUUCUUGAAUGUGGAUGUACAAUGCCGCUCUAAUUCCGGCGACAAGGUCGUCGGAACGGCGAGAAUUCCGGCUUCGGACUUCGCCGGAGGUUACUUUCCCGAGAACUACUUGCAUUUCUUGAGUUAUAGGUUGAGGGACAGUGGAGGUGAGAGAAACGGGAUUGUUAAUGUUUCGGUGAGAGUGAAGCUCCCAGAAGGUUCUGGAAGAGUUGCCGCCUCCUCUGCCGCCACUUCGUGUUCACAGUCGCGGCCGUGGAUGGGGGUUCCGGCCGCCGGGAAGGUUUCUGAUGGGAUUGUCUCCGGCGUUCCGGUUUGGUCUAGGUAUUACUGAUUGGUGAAGAUUGAUAUGCAUGGUUUCGAAGUAAAAGGGUGAGCUGUUGAUUGGAUUGGACAGUAAUGUGUGUAUAUUUGAGUGAUCUAAUGAUUGAUUGAAAGUGUAUUGAAAUCUAUAUAAAAAAAUUUAAUAAUAAAAGAUCGGGAGCUUUUUCUAAUAA